UUUCCAUUGCCACAACAACCCUAAACAAGCUCUUUCUUUUCAUUUUACCAUCAACCCUCUCUCUCUCUCUUUAUCCCUUUUUUUCUCUUGCUAGGGUAGGAGCCCAGUUGCUUCCCCCUUUUUGAGGGAAAAAUUUUAUAUUUUGCCAAGCUUACAAAGAAUAAAAUGUUUUAAGAUUAUAAUAAAAGUAGGUAAAAGCCCACCACCAACAUCAUAAACCUUUCAAGUUGUUCUAGGAUUGAUCAAACAAAGAUUCAAAAGAAACCUGAAAGCAAACAAAGAGGUCACUCUAUAUAUUUGUAGCCCUACUAUUCUUUUCCUCUUCCCCUAUAUAACAUCUUCCCUAUCAUUAUUAUUCAUUCUCCAUCUUCCUCAAAAUCAAUUCCUCUCUCUCUCUCUCUCUCUCUCUCUCUCUCUCCUCUAUAACAAAAAGUUCAUGGCAAUUCUUGAACCCUAGCUAUCUAAAACUUCUAUUCUAAUACCUUUGGUCAAAUACUUUUUGGGUUAUGAUCAUUUCUUGAUUUCCUCAUCAGAUAUAGUAACACCUCAUCUGCAACUGAUCAUGCGAUAUCUUAUCAAAUCCAUGAUUAAAUCUUUCAGUUAACAAGCUCUUUUUAUGAUUCUUGAUUAUUAAUUACUCUGUAUUCCUUUCUUUCUUUCUUUUAGAGCAACAAGCCCAUUCAAGAAUCAAGAUCACCACCGAUACAAAAUAUCCAAGAUUGCGGCUUAAUCCCACUUUCAAGAAAUGGACUCACUUCAAGAAUUUGACUCCACAACACCAACUCUUCCACUGACAAUCACCACAAGCCCCACUACCAUCACCAGUGCUGUCUCUUCCUCAUCCACUUCCACUCUCAGCCGUUAUGAGAACCAAAAGCGCCGAGACUGGAACACCUUUGGCCAAUACCUCCGGAACCACAGGCCACCACUCUCACUGUCCAGAUGCAGUGGAGCUCAUGUUCUUGAGUUCUUGCGUUACUUAGACCAGUUUGGGAAAACCAAAGUCCAUACUCAACUCUGCCCUUUCUUUGGACAUCCAAACCCACCUGCUCCUUGCCCUUGUCCUCUUCGCCAAGCCUGGGGUAGCCUCGAUGCUCUCAUUGGCAGACUUCGUGCCGCCUUUGAAGAACAUGGAGGUAAGCCAGAGAAUAAUCCUUUCGGAGCUCGUGCUGUCAGGCUUUAUCUACGUGAAGUUAGAGAUUCACAAGCUAAAGCUAGAGGGAUUAGCUAUGAGAAGAAGAAGAGAAAGAGACCACCACAGCAGCCGCAGCAGCAGCAGCAGAGUCCUGCAUUACUCAUGGCUCCGCAGCUUCCGCCACCACCACAAACAGCAGCAGCAGCCACUACCGGUGCGAGGGAUGAUCAGUAAGAAAGUUACCACUACUGCCGAUUUCAAUUAACGAAUGAUGAUAAUUAAAUCAGAACUCAUUAGAAGUCUCUUGCUAUGAUUUUAUUAUUUGCGAUAUAAAACUGAAAACGGGUACUACUUAUUUGUUAGAUUAAUUUCAUCAUCUGUAUUGCAUCAUAUAUGUAUGAUCAGAAAGAAAACUUUGUAGAUUGCUGUAGGUAAGUAAUGGAUGGAUUAUGAUUAUAUUAAGAAGUUAUAUUAUUCUACUAUUGAAA